AUGAAAAUGCGAGGGAGUUCAAGAGAUGCGAGCGAGGUGUCUGUGAAAAUUGAAAGCAGAACAAUUAAAUCACUUUACACUGUGAACUUCAACGCGUUUAUAAACAUAAUCGAACUUGACAACGCUAAUACAGUUGAAGAACUGAUAGCAGCGGAGAACAUUAAACAUGACAGCUCGGAAACUUAUCAGCUCAUGUCGCAUCAUAUCGCAUCGUUGACAAAUGGAUUUGGCAAAUUGAAAGAAUAA